CGGCCACAUGUACCAGCCCCACCGGCAGGGCAUUAUGGUAAAACCUAAGAGGAAAAAAGGCGGGCCCCGCACUUGCCCGGACGCUGAAAGAGAAAAAAAAAAACAUCCCCAGAACACAACCCUUGGCCGUAGGCGGCGGCAGGGCGAAUCUCCGCAGUCUGGGAUAACCCCAGGCUUGCCACACUCCCUUUCCCCCACUCGCCGUCUCCUCUCCUUCGCUUCCCAUCCAUUUCAUCCCCCACCCAGCGAAUCCAACCCCACCCCUCUCUCACUCACUCACUCUCUCUCUCCUGUUACGGCGAGAGCCAAACCCCUAGCUACCUCGCUCCAGAAGGUCUCCUUCCCCGGCUAGAUCUCCCAUGUCCGGCCGCGCUGCCGAUCCGGCCAUGGCGGCCGCCAAGGGGAAUCUCGGUGAGCUCGUUUGGGAGCACCGUGUGCAGGCGGCCGUCGCCGUGGCGUUCGUGGCCGCGGCCGCCGUCUCGCUCUCCGCGGUCGGGCCCAGCCUCAGCGCCGUGGUGUCAUUCUUCUGGCCGCUGCUCCUCUCCACGGCCUUCUUCCUGGUGGCCGUCUCCGUGCUGCUCUGGAUCUCGCCGCCACCCGCGGGCGACGCCGACGAGUCCGGCAAGGAGCUCAUCGACUUCGUCGCUGGGUGCCGCCCGGACCACCUCGCCCCCCCGGAUGCCGUGGCCGUGCCCGCCGUGGAGGCUCCUCCGCCGGAGCCGGAGAUCUAACGGGCUGCAGCGCCGGAGGAGGAGGCGGAGAGGAGGCUGACAGCAGCCGAGCUGUGGCAUGGCGUGCGUGCUCCGUCGCCACCGGGGUGACGACUUGCUUCCAGUGGCACGGGUGGGGGAAACCAUUGUGGGCCCACCUGUGGGUGUCACGCCGGCGCGGCGCGCGGCCGUGGCUCGGUAGCCUAGGACUCCUCCAUGUCGUCUCCCUCUGCUCCGGUGUAACAUACAGUACCGUGGAUCUUAAUAAUGAAUCAUGGCAAAAAAAAAAAAAAAAAAAAAC